AUGACAACGGGCAGCUUCGUGGCCAGCAUGACAGCUACACUGAGACAGAUGGACGACUACCACUACACUCACCUGAUCAACACCUUCGGCAAGAUGAGGACAGACGUUGUGGAUUUCCUGAUGGAAACAUUUAUCAUGUUCAAGGACCUCAUUGGGAAGAAUGUCUACCCUGGCGACUGGGUCAUCAUGAACAUGAUGCAGAAUAAAGUGUUCCUGAGGGCCAUUAAUCAGUAUGCAGCCGUGUUAAACAAGAAGUUCCUGGAUCAGACCAACUUUGAGCUGCAGCUGUGGAACAACUACUUCCACCUUGCCGUGGCGUAUCUUACCCAGGAGUCCUUGCAGCUUGAGAACUUCUCCAGCGACAAACGAGCCAAGAUCUUCCAGACGUACCAGGACAUGAGAAGACAGAUUGGCUUUGAGAUCAGAGACAUGUGGUAUAACCUAGGUCCCCACAAGAUCAAGUUGAUCCCAGAGAUGGUGGGUCCCAUCCUAGAGAUGACUCUGGUCCCCGAGAUAGAACUGAGGAAAGCCACAAUCCCCAUCUUCUUCGACAUGAUGCAGUGUGAAUUCCACUUCACCUCCAGCUUCCAACGGUUUGAGAAUGAGAUCAUCACCAAACUGGAUCAUGAGGUGGAGGGGGGCGGAGGAGAUGAGCAGUACAAAGUCCUCUUCCAAAAGAUUCUGUUGGAGCACUGCAGGAAACAUAAGUACCUGUCUAAGAGUGGGGAGAUCUUUGUGAGCUUGGUGGUUCGUCUGUUGGAGCGACUGCUGGACUACAGGACCAUCAUGCACGAUGAGAACAAGGAGAACCGGAUGAGCUGCACUGUCAACGUGCUGAACUUCUACAAGGAGAUAGAGAGAGAGGAGAUGUACAUCAGGUACCUGUACAAGCUGUGUGAUCUCCACAAGGAGUGUGACAACUACACUGAAGCUGCCUACACACUGCUGCUGCACGCUAAGCUGCUCAAGUGGUCUGAAGAGGCGUGUGCAGCUCACCUCACCCAGAGAGAAGGCUACCAGGCCUCUACACAAGGACAACUCAAGGACCAGCUCUACCAGGAGAUUAUCAACUACUUCGACAAGGGCAAGAUGUGGGAGGAAGCCAUCGUACUAGGGAAGGAGCUGGCAGACCAGUAUGAGAAUGAGAUGUUUGACUUUGAGCAGCUCAGUGCAUCCUUGCGGAAGCAGGCCCAGUUCUAUGAGAACAUUGUGAAGGUGAUCCGGCCCAAGCCAGACUACUUUGCUGUGGGCUACUAUGGAGUGGGCUUCCCUUCCUUCCUCAGGAACAAGAUGUUCAUCUACAGGGGGAAGGAGUACGAGAGGAGAGAGGACUUUGAGGCCAGACUGCUCACCCAGUUCCCCAACGCUGACAAGAUGAAGACUACCACACCACCCGGCGAUGACAUCAAGAACUCUCCCUCACAGUGCGUCCAGUGUUUCACCGUGAAGCCUGUUCUGGAACUUCCUCCAAAGUUCCAGAACAAACCAGUCUCUGAGCAGAUCGUCAGCUUCUACAUGAUAAACGAGGUGUAUCAGUUUCAGUACUCCAGACCGGUGAGGAAGGGUGAGAAGGACCCAGACAAUGAGUUCUCGAACAUGUGGAUUGAGCGGACCACUUACACCACGGCCUACAAACUGCCUGGCAUCCUGCGAUGGUUUGAAGUCAAGUCUGUCUCCACGGAGGAGAUCAGCCCAUUGGAGAAUGCCAUGGAGACAAUGCAACUGACCAAUGAGAAGAUCAGCAACAUGGUGCAGCGUCACCUGAAUGACUCCAACCUUCCCAUCAACCCCCUCUCCAUGCUGCUCAACGGCAUUGUGGACCCCGCUGUCAUGGGUGGCUUCACCAACUACGAGAAGGCGUUCUUCACAGAGAAGUACCAAAAGGAUCACCCUGAGGACCAGGAGAAACUGGGCAAACUGAAAGACCUCAUUGCUUGGCAGAUCCCUUACCUGGCUGAUGGAGUUCGUAUCCAUGGAGAGAAAGUGACUGAGGCUCUGAGGCCUUUCCAUGACCGUCUGGAGGCCUGCUUCAAACAGCUCCGAGAGAAAGUGGAGAAACAGUACGGAGUCAAGACACUGCCUGCGGUGGAUGACAGGCGUGGGUCCCGUCCUCGCUCUAUGGUGCGUUCCUUCACCAUGCCCUCACAACAGAGACCGCUCUCUGUGGCUUCAGUCAACUCCGUCUCCUCUGACAACUCACCCUCCAGACCUGGCUCAGACGGCUUUGCCCUAGAGCCUCUCCUGCCAAAGAAGCUGCACUGUAAGUCCCAGGACAAGCUGGAGCGCGACGAGUCGGAGAGGGAGAGGAAGGACAAGAAGAAGGAGAAGAGGAACAGUAAGCACCAGGAGAUCUUCGACAAGGAGCUGAAGACCACUGAGAUCCUCCUGCAGCCCGCCGAGGCAGUCAUACUGUCAGAGACGAUCAGCCCACUGAGGCCUCAGAGACCAAAGAGUCAGGUGUUGAACCUGUUGAGUGGAGACCGCCGUCUCUCUGUGUCCCCCGGACCCCCCCAGCCCCAGUCCUCCCCGGGCCCCCCACCCAUCACCCCCAGGAACAAACUGUCCUUCAGCCUACACACCGUUUCCAUUUGUGUUCAGGAGGCGUGGGGUGUUCAGGAGGCGGAGCUUGUGUUCAGGAGGCGUGGGGUGUUCAGGAGGCGGAGCUUGUGUUCAGGAGGCGGAGCUUGUGUUCAGGAGGCAGGGGGUGUUCAGGAGGCGGAGCUUGUGUUCAGGAGGCGGGGGGUGUUCAGGAGGCGGAGCUUGUGUUCAGGAGGCGGGGGUGUUCAGGAGGCGGAGCUUGUGUUCAGAACCAAUGAGAUCUUUUCCUUCAGUAAACACAUCCUCAAACUUCCCUGUGACAUCAUCGUGUCUACAGAACAGGCAGAAAUAUGA